AUGGAUAGUUGUGAGGAUGAUGAGUUAGAUUAUAGCAACUAUGAGGAUUAUUUACAAGCCACCAUUGAAUAUCCAGAUUAUAAUUUAUCACCCAAUAUGAAAAAUCUGUUUAAUACACUAUUAGAGACUUGCAAAAACGUAUUCAACACUGGAUCAGCUUUUUAUAGCAGGAAUAAAAAUGAGGCAAUUUUAGGUUUACUCAUGAUUCACCUGAUUUUACAGUAUCUUGCAAAUGCAGUAACUGGUCAUGCUAUAUAUGUACCACUCCUUGGUAUGAAAGUUGAUAGUUUUUUCGAAUCCUUUGGUGAAAAAGGUCUUGGAUUAUAUAUGAUAGAAUUAUCUGAAGGUUAUUUGACCUUUGAUAUGCCUUACUAUCUGAAGAAUCACAUGAAGGGAUACUGGGGCUGUCAUGACCUUCUUAAUAACAUAAUUACAAAAUAUAAUCAUGGUAAUUUAAAUUUAUGA